AUAACUUAUUGGAAUCAAAUUUUUGAACAUAAAGACUAGUGUAGACAUGUUCAAAUAAAAUUAGAAGCUUAAUUAUGAAAUUGAACAAUGUGUAAACGUGUUAACAUGAAGAUUACGUUUUAUUGAGACGUUUGAAAAGUUAGUCAUUUGUAGAAAAAAAUGGCGAGCAGUAAGAAUAUGGCCAGAACGGCAUAUUUGCAAAAAUUAGAAAAAGCAUUGGAUUUAAAACCUUUUAUGUCAGAGGCAGAAAAAUUAUUGAAUAGAGUCUAUGACAGUGAUGAUGAUACAGAUUCCGAAAAUGAAUUUCAACAAAAACGUCCAACAUACGAGGAAAAAGAAAUGAUGUAUAAAGCAGGGAACAUUGAUGAUGAACGAAAAUGGCUUUAUAAUGUGCUCUUAUCAGACACAGAAAGUGAAUCAGAAAUUUCAGAUGAGGAUCGGUAUGUUGCUGAAAUGUUGACAGAUUAUGUUCGGGAAAAGAAAAUACGUGAGAAAUAUCACCAAAAUCCAAAUAAUGCGCAAUAUGGUUAUUAUAGUGCUGGCUUAUUAUCAAAAUAUGAUAUGUAUCAUGAUCAUAAGCAAUCAGUUUUAGGUAAAAGAAGAAAGAAGCGUUUAGAUAAGAAGCCAUUAAAAUCAACUAAGAAAUAUCAAGUGAUGCCACCUCGAAUUAAAAUUGAAAAAGAAGAUUCCAACUUGUCAAAUGAUUUUGGUGAGGUUGAUUGGGAGGAUCAAAUUAUGAAUAUUAAAGAGGAAGAGACAGAUCAAUCAAGGCCACAAUCACCAUCAGGUCGAGGUCGUAAACGAAAGAGUUUCCUCAAAACACCCGAAUUAAUGAAUCAUCGUCGAAAAAAGAUUUGGCAAAUGAUGGCUAAAAAAGAAGUUGGCAAAUUUCAACGAACAAAAGCAAAUAAUCAUAAAGAAAUGGUUACUAAUUGUAAGAAGACAGCAGUUUUAUGUCAAAAGGCUGUUCGACAAAAAGCAAUGGAAUCACAAAAACGUCAAAAAGAAACGAUAUGGCGUGCAAAACGACUUACACGUGAAAUGUUAUCUUAUUGGAAGAAAUAUGAUCGUGUUGAACGUGAAAACAGAAGAAGAUUAGAGAAAGAAGCUGAAGAACAAAGAAAAAUGGAUGUUGAGCUUGUUGAAGCUAAGAGACAACAACGAAAGUUAAACUUCUUAAUUACUCAAACGGAGUUGUAUGCUCAUUUUAUGUCUCAUAAAGGUGAAUUGUCAGAAAAUGAAACACAAAGGAUAUUAAAUCAAUUGGAUGAAGAUAUGCCUGCAAGAUUAGCAGCUAUUGAUAGUUAUGAUAGUGAAAUAAUGAAAACAGAAGCUCAGAAAAAUGUUCAAAAUGCUUUUGAAACAGAAAUGGCAAAAUGUUUGGAAUUCGAUAGAAUUGCAAAUAAACCAAAAAAUUAUCCAGAAAUUGAUAACACUGGAAAUGUUAUUGCAGAACUGCCACAGCCUUCAUCAUUCAAAGGUGUAUUAAAGGGAUAUCAACUGAAAGGUAUGACAUGGUUAGCACAUCUGUACCACAAAGGAAUCAGUGGAAUAUUAGCUGAUGAGAUGGGCUUAGGCAAAACAGUACAAAGUAUAGCAUUUCUAUGUCAUAUUGCCGAAAACUAUGGAAUUUAUGGACCAUUUCUUAUCAUAUCACCUGCAUCGACACUUCAUAACUGGCAGCAAGAGAUGCAAAGAUUUGUGCCUGGCUUUAAAGUUGUUCCUUAUUGGGGUUCACCAGCUCAGAGAAAGAUUCUUCGACAAUUCUGGGAUCAAAAAGAUUUGCAUACAAAAGACGCAAGCUUUCAUGUAGUCAUUACAAGUUAUCAAUUAGUUGUAUCCGAUUAUAAAUAUUUCAAUCGUAUUAAAUGGCAAUACAUGGUUUUAGAUGAAGCACAAGCUAUUAAAAGUACUUCAAGUGUUCGAUGGAAACUUUUACUGGGAUUCAACUGUCGAAAUCGACUACUGCUUAGUGGAACUCCCAUUCAAAACAGCUGUUCUGAACUUUGGGCGCUUCUUCACUUUAUUAUGCCAACAUUAUUUGACUCACAUGAGGAAUUUAAUGAAUGGUUUUCAAAAGACAUUGAGAGUCAUGCAGAAAAUAAAACUGGAAUCGAUGAGAAACAAAUAACGAGAUUGCAUAUGAUUUUAAAGCCUUUCAUGUUGCGUCGAAUUAAGAAAGAUGUUGAGAAUGAGUUAUCGGAUAAAAUAGAAAUAAUGACAUAUUGUCCAUUGACAAAUCGGCAAAAGUACCUUUAUAUGGCACUGAAGAAAAAGAUUAGAAUUGAAGAUUUACUGAAAGCAACUGGACAUAUGGAUGGCCAUACAACAGACAAGAACUUCACCUCAAAUCUAAUGAAUCUUGUCAUGCAGUUCCGUAAAGUGUGUAACCAUCCUGAGCUUUUUGAACGACGUGAUGUAAAAUCACCAUUUACAUUGACUCAACUUGAUUAUCAUAUGCCUCGUCUGGUAUUUGACGAACUUAGGAUACAUAAAUCGAUUCCGAGUAAAAAUCAUUUGCUUUAUAAUAAGUUUAGCAUUUUCAAAGCCGAGAAUAUUCAUCGAAGAUUAUCUGAAGAAGAAGAUGAGAGUAAUGGACUUUCAUUUUUAAGAUUUAUCGACACAUCACCUGGAGAAGUUGAAAAAUUAACAUUAAAUGGAUUAUUGGAAUAUUUAUUACAUGCCUUACAAACAGAACUGUACAAUCAAAUGCUACAUUAUCGAAAUGAGUGGUGGAAGAAUACAGAUAAGCGAUUUAUGUUAUUGGAGCCAACUUAUAGUAACAAAUUGAACAAGAAUUUUAUGUCCAAUACAAGUGUUCUACGAAAUUUAAUUUUUACAAGUCAAAACUCUAGUGAAAGUAUAGUCUAUACACACAAAACUCAAGUAUUACAUUCAAUGCAAGAGACAACGGAUCAUCGUAUAAUUCGGAGUCGUCAUGCACCACAAAGAAUAUUUGAACAUCCAUGUACAACAUUGGUAAAAGCACCACUAAAGUCACCAACACGAUUAUUAAAGUCACCGAUGAAAUCACCAACUCAAAAAGAACCUCAUAUUGAACAUAAAAAAGUUCUUGAUAUUGAACAUAGUCAAUUAAGAUUACUUCCAGAAUUCUCUCACACUCCACGUCAGUCAAGAACCUUAGUCUGUGAGCCCACAAAUAUGCCAAAAUUCUUACUUAAUCUACCUCCAAAAAUUCAAAGCAACUCGAAACGUUUACAUGUUGAGUCCAGAGCAGCUGCAUGGGAACAAAAAAGAUUUGAUCAUUGUGACAGCAAAGAAGGAUGGGAAUUGAUUAACAACGGUAUUAUUAUGACACAUCCACAACGAGGCUGGUCAUAUAUUACAGUUCCUGACAAACAGUCGUUAGUUGCUGAUGCUGGCAAGUUAACAGUUCUUGAUUCAUUACUAACCAGAUUGAAAUCAGAAGGACAUAGAGUUCUCAUUUAUUCUCAAAUGACCAAGAUGAUAGAUCUAUUAGAGGAAUAUAUGUGGCAUCGAAAGCAUCGAUACAUGCGACUUGAUGGUAGCAGUAAAAUUUCAGCUCGUCGUGAUAUGGUAGCUGAUUUUCAAUCACGUGAAGACAUUUUUUGUUUUCUAUUAUCAACUCGUGCUGGAGGUCUUGGAAUAAAUUUAACGGCAGCUGAUACUGUUAUUUUUUAUGAUAGUGACUGGAAUCCAACAGUUGAUCAACAAGCUAUGGAUCGUGCACAUAGAUUAGGACAGACAAAGCAGGUCACCGUUUAUCGUUUAAUCUGUAAAGGAACAAUUGAAGAACGAAUUUUGCAAAGAGCUCGUGAGAAAAGUGAAAUUCAGCGAAUGGUUAUAAGUGGCGGUAAUUUUAAACCUGAUACGUUGAAACCAAAAGAAGUUGUCUCAUUACUUUUGGACGACGAUGAAAUCGAAACAAAAUAUCGUCAAAAGAAGGGUGAAGAAAAACGUUCAGAAGAAAGAUCAUCAAGUGGACCACGUGAUGGAAAUCCAGGACGAAAACGAAAGAACUUCCCACUGUCAAAAGAGACAAAGAAACAAAAGCUUGAUAUUUUGUUGGAUGCAGAAGAUCUCGCAUUUUUAGAAUCGGGAAUACCAUCAUCGCCUUCCAUUAGUGAACAAUCUCAAAUGGCAGGAAGUAGUGUAGGAAUUAACAAUGAAGAUUCGAGCAAUGAUGCUUUAGUUAUGGAUGAAAAUUCCAGUACGCCAAAAAUUUACGGUGACACAAAAAGUGCUCGAAAAAGAAAUGCUCAACGUGCAGGAAACAGAAGACCAGGAAGACCAAGAGGAACUGGCAAGAAACGAGACAUUCCUGAAGGCACAACAGAUAUUCAACAACCGAAACGUGGGCCUGGUCGUCCAAAAACAAAACAAAGCACAGGUCCUAAUAAUGUUGGCUUUAGAAAUACAAAUAUGCAGCGUCCUUCACUUCCACUUCCAGAUAAAGUUCCGAUAUCAGAAUUCGAAUAAGUUGACAGUUAUAUUUUGAUCAGUGUAAGAGAAAUCAAAUAAAGUUUUUUUCUAAUUUAAAUACAUA